UACUUCAAACUUCACACCCCAUAGGCAUUCAAGUGGUAGUUUGUACUUUGAAUACUUUCUUCUUUAACUUGAGUCCAAAAAUGCGUGAAAUUCUUCAUAUUCAGGGAGGACAAUGUGGGAAUCAAAUCGGAUCAAAGUUUUGGGAAGUGGUUUGUGACGAGCACGGCAUCGAUCCCACCGGAAGUUAUGUCGGAACUUCCGAUUUGCAGCUAGAAAGAGUGAAUGUGUACUAUAAUGAAGCGAGUGGUGGACGCUAUGUACCUCGUGCUGUACUUAUGGACCUUGAACCGGGUACUAUGGAUAGUGUUCGAACUGGUCCUUAUGGUGCAAUUUUUAGACCGGAUAACUUCAUUUUCGGGCAAUCCGGUGCGGGUAAUAAUUGGGCUAAGGGACACUAUACUGAAGGAGCUGAGCUUAUUGAUGCUGUUCUUGAUGUAGUUAGAAAGGAAGCUGAGAAUUGUGAUUGCUUACAAGGAUUCCAGGUUUGUCAUUCUCUUGGUGGUGGAACUGGAUCUGGUAUGGGAACCCUGCUCAUUUCGAAGAUAAGGGAAGAAUACCCGGAUCGAAUGAUGCUAACAUUCUCGGUAUUUCCAUCUCCAAAGGUAUCUGACACUGUUGUCGAACCCUAUAAUGCAACACUAUCAGUUCAUCAGCUAGUAGAGAAUGCCGAUGAGUGUAUGGUCCUUGACAAUGAGGCGUUGUACGAUAUCUGCUUCAGGACGCUUAAGCUUACCACACCAAGCUUUGGGGACUUGAAUCAUCUGAUAUCGGCGACAAUGAGUGGAGUUACAUGUUGCUUACGAUUCCCAGGGCAACUGAAUUCCGAUCUGCGAAAGCUAGCUGUUAACUUAAUCCCUUUUCCACGACUUCACUUCUUCAUGGUGGGUUUUGCACCAUUAACUUCUCGAGGAUCACAACAAUACCGAGCAUUGUCGGUUCCUGAACUGACCCAACAAAUGUGGGAUUCCAAGAACAUGAUGUGUGCAGCUGACCCGCGUCAUGGUCGGUAUCUGACAGCAUCAGCAAUGUUCAGGGGGAAAAUGAGUACUAAAGAAGUUGAUGAACAGAUGAUAAAUGUACAGAACAAGAACUCAUCAUACUUCGUCGAAUGGAUACCAAACAAUGUGAAGUCUAGUGUUUGUGAUAUGCCACCGAAAGGGUUAGCAAUGGCGUCGACUUUUGUUGGGAAUUCAACAUCCAUACAAGAAAUGUUUAGGAGAGUCGGUGAACAGUUCACUGUUAUGUUUAGGAGGAAGGCUUUCUUACAUUGGUAUACUGGUGAAGGAAUGGAUGAAAUGGAGUUUACUGAAGCAGAAAGUAACAUGAAUGAUUUAGUUUCAGAGUAUCAGCAAUAUCAAGAUGCUACAGCUGAAGAUGACAAUGAUGGUGAAUACGAAGAAGAUGAGGGCCUGGAAAGCUGAAGGUGUUCGAGUUCAUUACUGCUAAAGAUGUUUCAAGCUGUUGUUUUCCGUUGAUUGUUAAUCAGUUUUUCGAAAGUGUUGUGGUUUGGCAGCAAUGUAUGUCUCUUUUGUUCUGAUUUUGUGCUUAUUCCUUGCAAGCUUUUGUUUUGUUUCAUGACAGCAUAUGGACUCAGAGAUGAAUAUAUACCAUUUGAAAGUGAA